AUCGAGUUAAAAGGUAAAUCAGUGUUAGUCAUGAUCUUGGAGAGUUCCAAUGGUACUUCCAGCGAAAUGAUUACUAACAAAUGACUAACAACGUAAUGCGGACCUCGAUGGUUCGCUUCAUUCAGUCACUCGAACGUUGCAUUUUACAACUACCACUCGCGCUGAUGUUUAUUACCAGUUAAAGCUCCAAUUAAAAUUAAUUUUUAACCAUCCUGUGUGUGUUGUGUUGUGUUAUUUGACAAAAGGGACGGUCCCCUAUGUGAUGCUCCGUUAAAUUAUCUCUUCUCUGUGUUCAGUGAUGGAUCGAAAUUGUUCUAUGAUGGACGAGGAUGUUACCGCGCGUUCGCACUUUUCGGAAUUGGUGAGGUACUCCCGGCCGAUGCUAACUGCUGCCGGUGUGAUCACCCUCAUCAUAAUGGUGAUAGGAGUUGUGGGGAAUUCCUUGACAGUUGUUGCUCUUAUCAGAAAUGCCAAGAUCAGGACGGUUGCAGCUGCGUUUAUAGCCAGCCUUUGCAUUUCCGAUCUCCUGUUCUGCUUCUUGGUGGUACCAUUUGCAGCGAGUCAGUUCUUUCAUGGGACCUGGAUCCAUGGCCAAGUGCUCUGUUCCAUGAUCCCCAUGCUGAGGUAUGGUAGCGUUGGUGUAUCCCUCCUGAGUAUCGUCAUCAUCUCCAUCAAUCGCUACAUCCUCAUCGCUUGGCCAUCAUUAUACCCGAGUAUCUUCACCAAGACCAAAGUUACCAUUUACAUAAUCGGGAUAUGGGCAUUCAGCUAUGGAAUCCAGAUACCCACAUUGUUUGGAGUUUGGGGAACAUUUGGUUUGGACGAGAAGCUUGGUACUUGCUCAAUAAAAGAAGAUGAAAAUUGUCGGAACCCUAAAAACUUGCUGUUCUUCUACGGCUUUGCCACACCUUGCAUCGUCAUUAUUAUAUGUUAUGCCAAGAUCUUCUGGGUGGUGCACCAAUCGCACAAGAGAAUGGCGGAGCAUACCAGCAGUACCAACUAUAAGAGAAGCGAAAUGCACAUCACCAAGAUGGUUUUGGUCAUAUUUAUCUGCUUUGUUGUGUGUUACCUUCCUUUGGCUCUUGUGAAAUUGUUGGACAGUCAAGUUACCCAUCCUCCUCUACAUGUCUUAGGGUACAUUCUCCUCUAUUCGGCGUCGUGUGUCAAUCCAGUGGUGUACGUCACGAUGAACAAGCAAUACAGGCAAGCGUAUUUGAACACCAUAAGGUGUGACUUCAUUAAUAACAUAGAAUCUUACAACACACAACCGCAGAAUAGUAGGACACACUUAUCAGUGAACUAUCUGAAGAAUAUGGUGAUAAAAUCACCUAAAGCGUGAACAACUGAAGCAAUGAUGAAGGCUCAAAAUGUUGUUUUUCUGUUAUUGAAGAGUGCACAUUGCACAGUAUUAUGGACUGAAAUCCACAAACCCAAAAUUUGACUCAAACCAAUGCCUAUGUGAUAUUACGAUAGAUUGUAGAGAUGGGUCAUGUUGUCUGCGAUUUCAAUUAGAAAACCAGAUAUUCGAAGAAGAAGAAAAACUUUUCGUUUCUAUAGAACACACUAUAGGUGAAAGAAGGUUGUGAUUUUAGAUACUGAAGGCACAAAAUGGCAGGUCAUUUUCAAUUUAUGUUAAUAAUUUGUAUCGAUGAUUCACAUGAAUCUUUUUAUGAAAAAAGUAUGUUUCUUUUUCUUAAUUAGCGAAGGUUUUUUAUUGAAAUCGCAGAGUUACUAUCUGAGAGCACUCACAUUCUGCUCUACAAAAGACUGUAAAAAAAAACUGAAACCUAGAAUUUAGAUCGAAGAUUUCCUCCAUUUGAAAUAGCAGUUAGAAUUAUUUUUGGUAAGCAAGCAUCUUCGUUGUGAUAUAUCAAUGCCAUUUCAAUUAAAAUUUGUAUAUAAUUGAAAUAAUGUUAUUUAUUUUUAGUUGAGAUAAAUUAAUUUUUAAUCGAUUUAUGUUGAAAAGUACAAAGAUAAUAUGAUAUCAUAUACCAUUGGAUGAUCUGCUAUGUUUUAAGCGGAAGAUUCCACCUUACAAUAAGGCUUUUUUUUAUUUCGUUACAUACCUCGAUGUAAAUAAUUUUAUUGCAGAAAUUUAUUGUACUCUGAGAAAUUAAAUUUAUUCGAUUUUGAAAAUCGAGAUAAAUUACAGUAAAAUGCAUGUUUGA